CAUCGCUUCUGUUUUGUUAUUUUAGAAUUUUGCGCCCUGAGAGCGAUGGAGCAUGGAGUUGUUUUGUGCGAAAUAGCAGAGGAAAUCUCCCCAGAAGGCCCGGAAGAGCCGUCAGAGUUUGCCUUUGGGAAGCGACGAUGGAGGGUCAGGGAAUUUUUGACCGAAAAAGCAGAGGCUAUCGGGAUUUGCAUACAAGAAUGUCUGGAGGCGCGAACCAGGAAGCUGAGCUUCAAGGCGAUCAAACAGGAGUCGGGAAUAUGGAAGCUGGUCCUCUUUCACGACCAGCGAAUCGCUAGAGCUCGUCCCGCCGAGUUGCAAAUGGCUGACAUACUCCUUCCAUUAAUAUUUCGAGACUACACGCCAAGUCUAGAGUUCGAAGUGGCGGAGCAGGAGCGCCUGCACCAGCGGCCCCUUAAAACAUACGUGACCACCAAGCUGUAUGACGCGCUCUACGACCGUCAUUUAAAAGCCACGAAUGUAUCCCAAGAUCAGAAACUACUCCUGCCAAAUCGCUUCAAGUCGAAGCUGCGAAAGUAUCAGGAGCGAACAGUCAUCUGGAUGCUUCAAAGGGAACAGAAGCCUGCCGAAAUUACUGCCAAUUAUACGCCUCUCUAUUCUGUAGACGGUAUUAGUAGGGUUUUCAAACACAAUUACUGCCUUCAGUUUUACGCCCAUGAAGAUGCACUUCCAAAGAUAUUACUCCCCCCCGGAGGCAUUUUGGCGGACGAAAUGGGGUUGGGAAAGACUGUCGAGUUCCUGGCAAUGUUGCUGAUGAACCCCAGGCCGCCGGAGUCCUGCAACAAUACGUAUUGGCACGCCAAAAUUGAAGAAAUUGAGAGCGAAGUCCCUCUUAAGCUGAUGCGAAAGGGAAACGGCGGUGAAGCAUUCUGCGUCUGCACCUCAAAGAAAGGUGCUCGGGUGCAAUGUUCAAAGUGCCGCCUCUGGCAGCACAAACAUUGCAUGAAUAGUUCCGAUGACAUACCUCACCUCUGUCCCAACUGCUGGGCGGAUGUGGUUGAAUCCUCAGGUCGGCUUGUAGAAACGGGAGCCACGUUCAUCGUCUCACCCAACGCCAUUAAGAUGCAGUGGUUCCGCGAAAUGAAGAAGCACAUUUCCCCAAACCUAAAGGUCCUGGUCUACAGAGGCUUGCAUACUGGGGCUGGCAACUGGUACAGUCCUCUGCACCUAGCUGAGUACGAUGUGGUCCUUACCGACUAUGUUACGCUGCGCAACGAGAUCUACCAUACGGCGGAUUUCGUUUCCGACCGUCAGUUGCGCCACCAGCGGUUGUACAUGCGAUCCAACAGUCCUCUCUUGAUGGUCAACUGGUGGCGCGUGUGCCUGGACGAGGCUCAGAUGGUAGAGAGCAACACGUCGGCGGCAGCAGAAAUGGUACGGAAGCUGCCGGCUAUCAAUCGCUGGGCCGUCACCGGCACCAUUGAUGACUUGCCGCCAUUACUGGAAUUUGUGGGUCGAACAGAGGCCACUCAGCCGCCGGACGCCUGGAAGACGGUGCACAAGGCCUUUCAGCUCAACCAUCAAACCGAACCGCUGCUCGACCUACUCCAACACAGUCUUUGGCGAACGUGCAAGUCCAAGGUCGAGCAUGAACUGGGGAUACCGCCGCAGAUGGAGUUGGUGCACCGCCUGGAACUAAGCAACGUGGAAGCCCUCUACUAUCGCGAGGAGCACUUUAAGUGUCAUGAGCAGUUCCUGGCCGCAGUCGCCAAACACACACGCCACAAUCCUGACAAUAGUUCCUGCCUGGCGUCCAUUUCUCCGCAGUUGUUGCGAGUAAUCCUGAAGCCCUUUCUUCGCAUCCGACAGACCUGCUCCGUGCCCGUGGUGCACAACAGCACCGUAUCAAGCACAGACUACCUCAACCCGCAGGACCUUUUGGAGCGCCUCAAGUCAAAUAAUGAGACGGAAUGCAAGUCCGAGCUGCGCAGCUGGGCUUCCUCCUACAAUGGCUUGGCUGCCAUUCACUUUAUUCGCGAGGACUUCCCCCAGGCCAUCAAGCACUAUAAGCUGCUGCUUAAACUAGCUGCGGACUACAACAAGGAUAGUAUAUCUGUGGACAGUGUGCUGCAGAUUCACGCCAUCUAUAACCUACUCCAGGCUAGUGACGCCGCUGCGCCGUGCGAAAGGGUUUCUGAGGCGGAGAAACAGACCUACGAGUCACAAAUGAAGCUAUUGGAGUGGAAGUAUCUGCAGGACAAUGUAGCGGUUCUCCAGGCGGCUCUUGGCUCCUACGAAUCCAAACUAAACGAGCUGUGCGAAUUAGGAAAUAAGUUUAAGGACAACGUUGUGCGUUUGCUGGCUACGGUGGUCAAUCAUAAGCCGGCCCUGCAUAAUUCCAUAUGGAACAAAGUGCGGGAUGACUUCGCCCGCAAGAAUAUCUCCAUGAAAAAGCUUCUGAAUGUAGACUCCAUGUCUGGCAUGGUGUAUGUUGUGGAUUUAUGGUUCCAGAAGGUACAAAAUUUGAACGAUCACGUCAUUAAGGAGAUUGAAUUCUUAAAAGAAAUAAUGGAGAGUGCUUGUGGCGCCAUUAAGAUGGGUGCGCCCCUUUCGCAGGAAAUGCACAAUUUUAUAGCAACUGUAACAGACUGCCAUCUGGCUGAUAUUCUGGACGACAAGCCGAAUGACAACCCAGAAAAACCAAAGAAACCACGACACUGCCGUCUCUGCAAGAUUAGGGACUGUCUUAACCAGUUUGAGUGUCUAGUCUUUGCCAAAGAGCUCGACGAUGACGCCGAAGCAACCGAGGGCCUCGAAGUGCCUAGCAUGGAGAUUAGUCUCAUAACAAGCAUCUUCAACUUCCUGCGCUCCAAGCCCGCCUUCGCCGAGUGGCAAACGGAACUGCAACACCAGUUGGAUUUUCUGACUUGCCUCCAAAGUGUCGUGAAGCUGCAGAUCAAGUACUGGAUUGAGGUCGAGUACAUGGUAAAGGCCUUUGACGAACUGGAGAUGUGCAAAAUGCGCAUUCUUCUGACCGACGAUCCGGAUGAGCAAUCGAACUACCGCAUCCUGGCCUGCCAGUUGGACGAACAGCUGCAGUUCAAUCAGGUGAACUUGCAGGAAUCGCAGCUUAACUUCACGAGACUGUUUGGACGCCUGAAGUACCUGAAGCAUCUGAAGGAGGAUGCCACUGACAAGCCGUGUCCCAUUUGCCAGACGCACGACGACCUGAGGUAUGUGAUGAUGGUCUGCGGUCACUUCGUGUGCCAACUCUGCCUUGAGAACAUGAAGAAGAGUACAUUGCACGGGAUCUCCAAGUGUCCCAUAUGUCGCCAGGACUCUCCGCAAUUAUACUACUCGGUGCGGCGAGAAGCAGGAGUCUCCAUUGCCGGUGACUUCUCCACAAAAAUCUCUAGCAUUGUGGAACAACUGCUGAAAAUAAGGUCCGCAGACCCACAUGAGAAAAUCUUGAUCUUUUCGCAAUGGCAAGCCAUUUUGUUCCAAAUCUCCAAAGCUCUGGCCUUAAACAAGAUCGAAUUUCGGAGCAAGUGCGUCGAGCAGGAUUUUGCGGACUUUAAGAAUCCCAAUCUCAACGUAACCUGUUUGUUGAUGCCGCUGUCAAAGGGCUCCAAAGGACUCAAUCUAAUAGAAGCGACGCAUGUCUUCCUAGUGGAACCCAUCCUAAAUCCAGGAGACGAAAAACAGGCAAUCGGCCGCAUCCACCGAUUCGGUCAAACAAAGCCCACCAAAGUACAUCGUUUCAUCGUAAACGGAACGAUUGAGGAGAACAUACUUUCAUUGAUUGCCUCAGCCGACGAUACCACGACACUGUCCACCCACUGGGAUCUAGAGAACAUGACGCUCGAGGGGCUCAAAAAGCUGUUUAUCCUUCGGAAUACAAAUUAGAAUUAGAUGAUCCAAGUGAGGAGAACCAAAGUCGGACCGAAGAUUACUUACCUCUGCAGGAGCGAGGUAUAUUAU